AUGUUGUCCUUACUUUUCUUCCUCGCGAUAAGUACCUCGAGCGUCAUUGCCUGUCCUCAGCAUGAUCUCAAUGCACGGGGGAACAUCAACAAGAGAGCUUCUGGUACCCAGGAUUGGGCAUAUGAGGCUUCAUACAAUUGGGGCAUGUUGAAUCAAGAAUACAUUCUUUGCCAGGCCGGGACGCAGCAAGCACCUAUCCCGCUCCUGACGACUCAAGGUUUCGCCGACACGCACAUCCCCAUGUUCGACGAGGCAUCCUACAUGGCCGUGCCAGGCGAAAUGUUCAACUGGGGCUACGGCCCAGCCUUCACCAACAAUGCCUCCUCCAAGACCGGUCUCCCGAGUAUGACCUUUGACAACACAACCGUCUACUUGAAAGGCCUGCACAUCCACUCGCCCGGCGAUCACACCGUGCAAGGCGACCGGUCCAAGGCCGAACUCCACCUCGUCCACGCCGACGCCCAAAACCAAGAGAAAGCCGUAAUGGCAAUCCGCAUCGACCCCGGCAACGCCGACUCCAAGUUCUUCUCGCAGCUCCUCUCCGGCUCGCACACGGGCAGCAGCCCCGCCGCCGGCUACGCGACCAACAACGACACGGCCGCCGUGUCGGCCGGCUUCUCCAUGUCGGCCGUGCCAAACUUCGACUCGCAGGCCACCCUCCCCAUGACGCUCGACGUGCUCGAGGCCCUGCGCGAGGUGAACAUGUUCAGCGACUUCUGGACCUACUCCGGCAGCCUGACGAGCCCGCCCUGCACCGAGGGCAUCCGCUUCUGGGUCGCCAGCAACCCCCUGUACGUCAGCGUGCGCCAGAUGCAGGCCAUCCUCGCCGUGAGCACCUACUCGGCGCGCGCCGAGCAGGAGGUCUGGCUGCACGCCAUCAACAGGUGA